AUGAAGCGAUCCACAAGAGGUAAACGGUUACAGGAUGGAGGAGCUAAGAAGAAAACUUUUGACGUCGAAGAUCUGUGGAAGUUGCACCUUGAACGGAUUACUGAGAUGCGUCAGAGUGGAGAUGCUCCUGUUGAUACGAUGGGAUGUCAUAAACUAGGUGAUCCACUGGCAUCGCCAGAGACUUUCCGUUUUCAAGUACUGAUGGCCUUAAUGUUGUCAAGCCAAACGAAGGAUGAAGUUACGUCAGCGGCUAUGAUGCGACUACGAAGUCACGGUUGUAGUGUAAAUUCAAUGCUCGAUAUAUCAACAAAUGACUUGGAAAAGCUGUUACACCCGGUCGGAUUUUACAAGAAGAAGGCCGUUUUUAUCAAGAAGGUAGCCGAAAUACUAAAAGAAAAAUAUCAUGGGGAUGUACCAGAUUCAGUGGAAGGUCUUUGCUCGCUUCCCGGUGUAGGACCAAAAAUGGCUCAUCUUGUGAUGCAAAUUGCUUGGAAUAGAGUAGAUGGCAUCGCUGUGGACACCCAUGUGCAUCGGAUUGUGAAUCGACUUGUAGCUGUUCAUACUCUUGUUCGUAGAUCACAUUGGACCACCAUAAAUCCACUACUCGUUGGAUUUGGGCAACAAACUUGCCUUCCCGUAAAGCCGAAAUGCAGCACGUGUCUCUGCAAGGAUAUAUGCCCUUCUUCGACGACUAAAAGUUCGAAAAAAUCAAGCGCGGAACAAACAUAA